GGAAUCAAUGACGAGCAUAGUACUAGAAGAUGUUAAUCAUAGCACAGAGACAGAAAAUGAAAAUACAGGGGAUUUGAGCAGUUCGGGUUUGUUUAAAAGCGUUCUAUGCCCUACCCCUACAACUUUCGAAUACUUCACAGAACGUUACUAUCACCAGUAUUUGUUCGAGGAUUGCAAAAAAAUAGUGGGCAAUAACAUUCGUCUUAUGCUGCAUAGUAAUGGGCUCUGCGUUUUGUGCGUCGAUCCAUCUCAUGUGGCUUUGCAGGCCAUUCGCAGCGCACCGCCGGAGCAGAAGCUUUCCGUCCGCUCCGUGGUGUACGGAUCCGGUAGAGGCAACUCAAACAUCGCUACGGGCAGCAUUGGGGUUGUUGGAAAAAAGAAGAAGAACGCGGCUGUUUGCCAAGUGGAAACCAAGAUGUGCACCCUCACGUUAUCAGAUGGAACCUCGUACCCGAUUCCGGCGUGUGUAAACGGUUUCGUGUUAGAGCUAAACGAGAAUUUGAUGAAAGAACCCUGGAUGAUAGCUUCUGCACCGACUGUUGAGGGUUUUAUUGCGGUGAUCAACCCUAGCGCGAAAAAUGAUUUCACCGGCAUAAAAAAGUUAUGGACCGCAACGGGUGGGGAUCAUUGCAUUGAAGAGGGCGAUUUGUAAUAACAAAUUUGAGUUAGGUCAUUGGAGUGAAUGCAAGUGUUGAACUGGAAUCAGAAAAGUGUUCAACGUCCUUUUUUUUCUAAUUCGCAAGAUACUUCAUGGGCAUUCUUAUUUCCUGUUUUAUACUGCUUUAAGUAAAUCUUUAAAAGAAAUGUAUGAUUGCGUAAUUGAUACAUUA